GAGUACACACUGAUAACUUCAGAGCAUUUUGCGCAAAAUAUUAUUGUUAUUUGCUUUGAAUUCAACGCUGUUCGGUAUCUGCCGACUCAUAUCUCGUGUUCAUUUUUAUACUUCGUUCCGCUCAUAUCUAUAUUUUAUAAAGAGUGUGUUUGUCGAUUUACGAUUGCAAGUUAUGGCAGAAAAAAUUUUUAUGGACAUGCCAGGGGGACGAAAGAUGCCUGCUGUUGGACUGGGUACCUGGACAACUGAUGAAAAGGAAGUCGAAACUGCUCUCAAUGCAGCUUUUGAGACAGGCUAUCGUCACAUCGACACCGCGUUCCUUUACAAAAACGAAGCAGCCAUUGGCCGCGUGAUAAAUGAGUGGAUUUCCUCCAAAAAAUUAAAGAGGGAAGACUUGUUUAUAACUACGAAACUUCCGAUGCAAGCAAUGCACAAAGACAGAGUAGAGAAGUUUAUAAAAACGUCAUUGGAGAGCCUGCAAUUAGAUUACGUUGAUUUGUAUUUGAUACACGGGCCUAUUGGAACUAAAUAUGUUGAAGAGGGCGCUCCAACAACAGCUAAUAUUGAAACUGUUGAAACCGACCAUAUAGCCAUUUGGAAGAAACUGGAAGAACAAGUUGACGCUGGUCGAACCAAGGCUAUAGGACUUUCUAAUUUUAAUAUCAGACAGAUCGAUAGAGUACUAAAGUCCGCUAGAAUUAAGCCAUCGUGUUUGCAGGUGGAAUUGAAUGUUUACUUGCAACAAAGAGAGCUGGUGAAAUUCUGCCAGCAGAAUGAUAUCGUUGUGGUCGCAUACGCACCUCUUGGUUCACCUGGAUUUAACGAGUUUCUAGCGAAGACUGGUAGAGAGCCAAGAAAACUGCCAGACGUGCUCAACGAUAAAACAAUCGUCAAAGCUGCUACCAAACAUAAAAAAACCAACGCCCAGAUAUUGCUGCGGUAUCUUCUGCAGAAGAAUAUCGUAGUCAUACCGAAGAGCAUUAAUCCUGCUAGAAUCAAAGAGAAUAUAAACGUAUUUGACUUUUCUUUGGACGCUGCAGACAUGAAAGCUUUAGAUGACCUCGAAGUUGGAGAAGGGGCUCGGGUGUUUGAUUUAAGAGUUCCGAAAUUUAUGGACCAUCCAGAAUUCCCUUUCCCUAAAUGAAGAUAUUUCAUAUUUCUCAUUUUCGUUGUGUUUGAUGAUGACUGUUUAUCGUUAAGAAUUAUAAAAAACAAAAAAAUAAAAUAAGUAGAAAUAA